AUGCAGCGACUUACCGUUGGAACCGACUUAGCCGGCUAUGAAUUGCCUUCUUCUUUCUCUACGCCGUACGGUAUACCUCCACUGUAUAAUGCUAAGUGGUCCACAUCGUCAGUUGAGAAAUCCCGCGUCACAAGACUCAGUCCGCGACAUGGGAAUCCCGCGAACAUCGUCAAUAUACGUCAUCCUCAACCCUACCGGAGCCUUCUCCGGUGUCUAUUCUCGAGAACAAGCAUCGGCAGGUGGGCAUUUCCCCAUCAUUUGACCUCAUUCCGGGCUAGUGAGGCUCUUGAAAAUGCCCCGGUCGGGGGACUCCGAGCAGUUGGGGCGGAGCAACCGUCGGUGAACCGGGGUGCCGGGGGUCUUCAGGGGCGGUGCAAAGCGGGUGCGAGAAUGACCCUAAGGGCAGUUAGAACAAUUAGGGCCCCCCAAAUCGCUCAAGGGGACCCUCACAAGGACCCCAACGGCACUAAGAAAGUGGAAAAAGCACGCGGUGUGGGUUGUGCGCGUCCGGAGCGCAGCUACGAGCCUUCGGCGAAGUGCGAACCACCAACGGGAAGCACGAUCGCCUUCAUCAUCGUCCGCGCACUGCGCCUCAAGGAGGGAGACUGCACAGCAAACGGUAGCCUCUUCGAUUGCCUCACGUCACCGGCCAUCAUGUGGUCAAAAAUGGUUCGCCCGGCGCCUUUUGCUAUGCCGCAGAGAGCCUCAUCAUGUUCCUCAAGGCACUGGCUGCAUGAGAAGAAGCACUUGACAGUGGGAAAAUCCAUUGAUUGA